AUGCGGUCUUCUUUCCAGCCCUCCAGUCUCCUGCUGGCCUUGACGGCCAUGGACCUCGCCUCUGCGGAGAGAAUCCUGGGCGCAUACAUCUUCGCCCGCCAUGGAGACCGCACACCCAAAGUGCUAGGAAACACCCGGCUCACCGACCUCGGAUACAGCGAGGUCUACCAGGCCGGCAGCUACUACCACGACCGGUACAUUGACGCGAGCUCCUCGCUGCAGAUCGAGGGCAUCAGCUCCGAGAUCGUGAACCUGAAGCAGCUCACCGCGUCGUCGCCCUCGGACGCAGUGCUCCAGAACUCCGGCGUCGCCUUCAUGCAGGGCAUCUACCCGCCGGUAGGGUCGUCGGCCAACGAGACCCUGGCCAACGGCACGACCAUCUCCGCCCCGUUGAGCGGCUACCAGCUCAUCCCGCUCAGCCUGGUGUCCACCGGCACAAACAGCGAGGACAACACCUGGCUGCAGGACGCAACCGGCUGCAACAACGCCAAGGUCAGCAGCAACAGCUACUACAGCUCGGCCCUGUACAACGAGCUCUACGACUCCACCACGGACUUCUACCAGUCGCUCUCGUCCCUGCUGGACGGCGCCUUCGCAAAGGACAAGAUGAACUUCAAGAGCGCCUACACCAUCUACGACUACCUCAACGUCGCCAGCAUCCACAACACCACCAACACGCCCACCACCGAGCAACUGGAGCAACUCUACCUGCUCGCCAAUGUCGAGCAGUACAACCUCGCCUACAACACCACCGACACCGUCCGCGGAAUUGCAGGCUCGCAGCUCGCCGGCGAAAUGCUCCAGGGCCUCAACGAGACCAUCACCUCCAAGGGUGCCACCAAGCUCAACGUCCAGCUCGGUUCCUACGGAACCUUCCUCUCGUACUUCGGGCUCGCGCAGCUCCCCGCGGCCGAUGUCAACUUCACCGGCAUCCCUGACUAUGCGUCGACCAUGUCUUGGGAGCUGGUCACCGAUUCCACUGCUGAUGGAUUCCCCGAUGCGUCCGAGAUCAACGUGCGCUUUAUCUUCCACAACGGCACCAUCGCUGGGGCCAAUGAUGCGCCGCGGGAGUUCCCCCUGUACGGUCAGUCGAGUGCCACGAUCCCGUGGUCGAAGUUCGUCGAGGAGACGAAGAAGAUUGCUGUCACCGACACGGAGGAGUGGUGUAAGGUUUGUGGAAACACGGACGGUAAGUGUGCGUCGUACAGUUCUGAUGGCUCGGGAUCCGAUUCCGCGGGUGCCACGUCGAAGAGUGGUAGCGGUGGUGUGUCUAGACCUGUGGCUGGUGUUAUCGGUGCCAUGGUCACCCUGGCUGUUAUCUUUGGUUUGCAGGCGCUGUUCCUGCUUGUGGGUGGCUUUACUAUCACUAAGAAGCGUAAGGCCGGGGCUGUUACUCCUGAUGUUACGGAGAAUAAGGCCUAG